AAAAAAAAAUUUUUUUACUUUAUUUUUGCUUUGCGUGCACCUUACUUUUCUACAUUUUAUUGUUCUAGAAUCAGAAUCAGAAUCACAAGCCAAUCAUUCAUCAUCCCAAUUCGAAACAGGUACGAUCUUAAUAUGUUUCCACAUUGAUUAACAAACUAUUAUUUCAAUAAUAUGCUCUAUGUUUGACAUUGAAACACCGUGUUUCUUAAAUGUAUAAUCUGCAUUUGAAUAGAUACGCAAAAGUGUAUUUUAUUAAUUUUUCUUUCUUUGUAGGAUUAGAAAAAAAAUGGCUUAAUCUUCAGUAUCAUGCAGAUGGUCAAAUUAAGAAGCCUGAUGAACUUGAAAAUGAAAUGCAAGAGCCAUCUAAUCUGAUCGACGAAAAAUUACUGGAUCAAAUUUCUGGUGCUUUGAUUGGAAUGGCUUUGGGUGAUGCCCUUGGGGCGCAUGUUGAGUUUCGUCCUCAUGUAUAUUUACUUGCAAACCCAGUCAAAGACUUGGAAGGAGGCGGCACAUGGGGUCUUAAAAAAGGACAGGUAUCGUCUCUUUAUCGUAUUUUACUAUAG